GUCGAUGUAAACUGGACAUAACUCUACUCUAGAAGAUGAAGCUCUCGAUUCUACAUCAGCUAUUCUAUUUUGUGAUCCUUAUCACAGUAAAUGAAAAUUAUGUCCAAGGUAAAGCACGAAUCAUCCAAGUUCCACCGAAUCCUAUGUACGUUGUCAGUGGUGAGACAGCCAGGUUGGUUUGGGACUACACCGUAGACAACAGGAAGGAAGAAUUUCAGUUAAUUUCCCCUACAUGGAGCCAUUACUAUGCUAAUGAAACACCUCUUUUAAUCGGAUAUGAUCAUGUCUUAAGAGAUUGGAGAUGGACAAUCAGUAAUGACACGUGUCCUGCUAGACUUUUAUACCCUACCACUCGAGUCAGUAGAGAGUCCAAUGCCACCCUGGUUAUCUCUAAUGUCACUACUGCUGAUAGUGGAAUAUACUGGAUGAAUUUAUUAAUGAAGACUUUACCGCCAAUAGGAAGUAAAAUUCAGCUUCUUGUUACAACGCGGCCAAAAUUCACCAGCCAAUUUCAAGCAAACAAUAAAGUGCUUGAGGGAGAAGAUCUGGGUAUCAAUUGUUCUGCAACUGGAAAUCCAACUCCCAACAUCACUUGGGUGUUACUGAAAAACCAAGCCAAGGAAAUWAAAAGCCAAGGAGUAGGUUUCGCUAACCUCGUUAUCCAGAACAUCACAAGGCAUCAAAAUGGGACGUAUCAGUGCCAGGCAACAAACAACCCAAAUGAGUAUCCCGUGAAGACUGAAACACAAGUCACUGUAUGGUACAAACCUAAUAUAUCGUUUCUAAACUGGACUGUCAACGAAAAGAUUAUCGUCCUACUUUGCAAAGCAAGUGGACACCCACGCCCCUCAAUCAAGUGGUAUUAUGCUGAUGGCACGCAAGUUGAAUCUGGUGUCAMAGAAAUAACAGGCGGCAGCAGAAUGGUUCUCAAAAUACUAGAUAGCAACACCGGUUUAUAUGGAAUGUACAAGUGUAACGCAACAAAUGAAGUGGGYUGGAAAGUGGGUUACCUUAACAUUACUGAAAUAGACCUUCCGGCAGCAACAAAAAGUACAGGAAGAGCGGCGGUUACGGUAACCUCGAAACCUGAUACGAAAACAAAAGCGACCAGAAUAGCAAGAAAAAGUUCAAAACCAUCGAUAUCGUCCUCGAUAUCUACACCUACAUUGAAAAAAGCGACCAGAAUAGCAAGAAAAAGUUCAAAACCAUCGAUAUCAACACCUACAUUGAAAAAAGCAGAAAAGAGUGGUCAAGAAUAUGUAAACUACAAGAAAAAUCUAAAGAACGAUGUCUUACUGUGUGUUCUUGGUGUGCUAUUACCCAUCGCUAUCACAGUAAUUGUGAUAAUCGUACUCAGGAAACGUUGUAAGAAAAGAAUUAACAAAGAAAAUAAGACAGAUGUCGGUGAAGACAACAAUACGCGUCUCCUUUGUGUUCUUCCCGAGGCAUCAAAUACCGUAACCUAUGCCGAAGUCAAAAGCAUUCCAAUAUACGCCCAAAUCGAUAAGUCAAAGAAAAGGACCGACAGACAAAAUUAUAACAUGCCUAUAUAUGCCCAGGUAGACAUGAGUAAGAAAAAGCGCCUUGGCCAGAUAAUUUAUGCUGAACUUGAAGACCUCAAAGCAAGUGCAGCAACACCAAGCGUAAUUCUUCCUCCUCCAUACAACUCUACGGAAUAUGCAGAACUUACAAAUUUGCAAAAUCAAGAAUCUGCCAGCAAUCCUGAACCAAUAUAUGAGAGUCUUCCAGAUAUUUUAUAAGAUGAACAUGCUGAUCUUCUUUCUAACCCACCAACCCACCAACCCUCCAACCCACCAACCCACCAAACGAGCAGCCUAUCAACCGAACUAGCGAACAAAGAAACUAAGGAAUAUGUUAUCUUGAUCUGUUAUCUUGACUAGACUUGUGGAUAACUGAAUUUUCUCUCCUUCAGGAAUUCACAAAGUAGCUUUAUGGCAACUA